AUGCAUAACAAUAAACCAGGAGGUAAUAUAACUAGCGAAUUGGAUAAAAGGCGUAAAGCCUAUAGACGAUGUUACAGUAUACAACCUGAAUUUUCCAGCAGAUUUAAACAAAUUCAUCCUGUAGGAAAUGUUAUGCCCAAAAGUCAAUCUAAAUUAUUAGAGAAUGAAUUUUGUAUAUCUUUGGAACCACAGCAGCAAAUAAGGAGUCAGUUAGCUCAACAACAACAACUACGACAAAAAACGUCUGGUAUUGAUUAUCAGUAUAAUCCAGGUCAUUCGAAUUCACAGUUAAGUGAUACAAGAAAAUCAUUUUGUUCACCAUCAUCUGCACAUUGUCGUGAAGUUAAAUCUAUUCAUUUCGCUCAUUCGAUCGCUCGCAGUUUUGAUGCAGGUGCCAAUGAAGGAUGUCAGUUUCGAUAUGAAGAGCAUCGAGGCAGUAAUCUGGUGCUUCAACACAUCACAGGACGUCGUGGGUCGUUUCUUUAUAGACAAGAAACAAAUUCGGGACACUCAUAUUACAGUUCAAGGCAUGAAUCAAUCACAGGUGAUGAGAUAGGACGACAGUUUGUUAGUAUCGUUUCUCAAUCUAAUUAUAUCCACCUACGUAUAUUUAUGAUAUUUGUUUUGCAUAUUUGA